CUUAAAUAUUGAGAAGCGUAAUCACGAAAAUAAACCGAAAUGGGUUCGUCGUCGAACGGAGGAGUGCCACCUGGGUUUCGGUUUCAUCCGACAGACGAAGAGCUUCUCCAUUACUACCUAAAGAAGAAAAUCUCUUAUCAUAAGUUUGAGAUGGAAGUUAUCAGAGAGGUUGACUUAAACAAGCUCGAGCCUUGGGAUUUACAAGAGAGAUGUAAGAUAGGGUCAACACCGCAGAACGAAUGGUAUUUCUUCAGCCACAAGGAUAGGAAAUACCCAACGGGUUCAAGGACCAACCGUGCAACUCAUGCAGGGUUCUGGAAGGCAACAGGACGAGACAAGUGUAUAAGGAACUCUUACAAGAAAAUAGGAAUGAGAAAGACCCUUGUGUUCUACAAAGGAAGAGCUCCUCAUGGCCAAAAGACUGACUGGAUCAUGCAUGAGUAUCGGCUUGAAGAUACUGAUGAUCCUCAAGGCAAUCCUAGUGAAGACGGAUGGGUGGUUUGUAGGGUAUUCAUGAAGAAGAAUUUGUUCAAGGUAGUGACUGGAGGAGGCUCAAGCAUUAACUCAACGGACCAAUGCAAUCAUGAUGCGUCCAACAACAACAACUCGCUCCAAGCUCGUAGCUUCAUGCACCGAGACAGUCCUUACCAGCUAGUACGUAACCACGGAGCCACGACCUUCGAACUCAACAAGCCUGACCUGACACUUCAUCAAUACCCACCAAUCUUCCACAAGCCACCUUCCCUUGGGUUUGACUACUCUGCAGGGCUUCCAAGGGAUUGCGAAAGUGCGGCUAGUGAAGGGUUACAAUACCAGCAAGCGUGUGAGCCAGGUUUAGAGGUUGGGACGUGCGAGACAUUGGCUAGUCAUAACCAUCAACAAGGUUUAGGUGAAUGGUCAAUGAUGGACAGGCUUGUGACUUGUCAUAUGGGAAAUGAAGAUUCCUCUAGAGGGAUUAGGUUUGAGGAUGGUAACAACAAUUCUUCGUCUGUUGUCCAGCCAGUUCCUGAGACGAAUCAGCUUUCGUUGCGCAGUGAGAUGGAUUUCUGGGGUUAUUCUAAAUAG